AUGAACUCCAGCAAACUGGCAUCACGAUCGUACCGCCUCUUUCUGGUUACAGCCGUCGGAUACUGCAGCUACUUAGCUUGGACGAUCUGUUCAACUGAAGAGAAACCCAAACCUGUUACACCAGCCGCUGAGAAGAAGAACCUAGUAGUCUUAGGUACCGGAUGGGGUUCCGUAUCCUUUCUAAAAGACCUUGAUAUCGACAACUACAAUGUCUUUGUCAUUUCACCGCGCAACUAUUUCCUCUUUACUCCUCUACUCCCCUCAUGUACCACAGGUCUUGUGGAAGGGCACUCGCUGAUGGAGCCGAUCCGCAAUUUCUUCAAGGGUAAAAGUGCCGUGGAGUUCUAUGAAGCCGAAGCAACGGAGGUGGAUCCCGAGAGACGUGUUGUUCACAUCAAGCGCAACCACACGAUACAAGGUGAAGUGGCACAAUCCGUGAUACCGUAUGAUAUGUUGGUCGUCGGGGUAGGUGCGGAUAACGCUACCUUCAAUGUCCCGGGUGUUGAAGAGCACUCUUGCUUCCUGAAGAACGCCAAUGAUGCCCAGAAAAUUCGCAACCGGAUAACAGAUUGCAUUGAAACUGCGCUCUGCAAGGGGCGAAGCAGUGAUGAAAUCCAAAAACUGCUUCACUUCGUGGUUGUUGGGGGUGGUCCAACCGGAGUUGAGUUUGCGGCCGAACUACAGGACUACUACAAGGACGGCCUCAGAGACCGUUUUCCAGACAUCAUGGAUGCCUUUCGCAUUACUCUAAUUGAAGCACUUCCAAAUGUUCUACCAAUGUUCUCAAAGCAGUUAAUGGAUUAUACUGAAUCUACACUGAAAGCUGAAGCAAUCAAUGUCCUAACAAAGGCAAGCGUGAAAGAGGUCAGCAAAGACGAUAUCAGGGUAGAGGUGACUAAGCCAGACGGCACCAAGGAUAUCCAGACUAUCCCCUAUGGCCUGCUUGUGUGGGCUACAGGAAAUAAGCAAAAGGGAAUUAUUGAGAACCUUGCAAUGCGACUCAACAAGCAGCAAGACUCUCGACGCGGCCUAGUCGUAGAUGGCUGUCUCGCCGUCCAGGGUGCGCACAAUAUAUGGGCACUUGGAGAUUGUGCCAACAGUAAACUUCCCCCAACUGCGCAAGUCGCCCACCAACAAGGCAGCUACUUAGCCAAUGUCUUCAAUGCAAUGGCACGCACUCCGUCAUCAGGAGGCCCCGAAGUCCAACCGUUUGACUACAAUCACCAGGGCGCCCUAGCCUAUAUUGGCAUGGACAAGGCUGUUGCAGACCUCAAUCUUCUUGGAUUUAACAUCUCUAGUCAUGGAUUCUUCACAUUUCUUUUUUGGAAGGCUGCUUAUUUAAAUAUGUGUUUAAGUGCCCGAAGCCGGUUUCUAGUAACAACAGACUGGAUGAAAGCUAGGGUGUUUGGUAGGGAUAUGUUUCGGGAAUAA